GACGGCUCUAGGAAGUAUCACGAAGAGCAAUUUACAUUGGGUGAGAAGAAAGCGUGCAAAAAAGAAGCGACGAAAAAUAGGAAGGAAAAAAUUAAAGGAACGUUUCCUCGGCGGUGCGGGGUGUUGAGUAUAAAUCGAUUGGAAUAUUUCAUUUGCUCCUUUAUAAAUGUUUAAUCGCGUCAUCAUCGUUACUCUCGCGGGCCUCGUAUUGGCCCAGUUAAUGGCCUGGCAUUUCGUCGAUUCGGCGAAAACUCGAAGACAUCGUUCAAGACCCGUGCAAUCGCAGCAACCUGCCGUCCCCACUAAUGAUUACAGCGAGUUUGAGUAUUACGAGAAUUACGACGACUACGAGGACAAUCGAAACGAAACAACGACCGAUGAUGCUCCACCCGAUGGCCAGGACCGCACAGAAUACCCCAUUUCCGCACCGGAAGCGACACCUUCCUCGAGACCGGAAGUCCUCACGAAUCCUCCGGAUCGAGGAUCAACGAGCGGCCCCGAAGACGAGCGUCCCGAGGACGACUGCGAGUUCGACGGAGUAUUAAGGAGACACGGCGAAUCAUGGGACCCCCUAGAAUGCACAACGUGCGUUUGCUUAAGGGGACAAGUCGACUGCUCCAAAAGCCCAUCAUGUCGAACAGAAAAUCCAAUCGGAUCGAUUCCACUGCAGGAUGAGCUCGAUGGUCCACGAUCAACUGAGAUUGUUCCGGGCGAGAGCAAUCAAGUGAAUUCCAUCGCAGUCUCGGGACCACGCGGUGAACCCGGAAGACGAGGAGACAGCGGACGCCCCGGAGACUCAGGAUUGCCUGGACAACCGGGAAAUCCUGGAAUACCCGGUCUUCCAGGACCUCCGGGACCUGUUCCAGACGUUUCGGUGUACUAUCAACAACUGGCUCUGUCCCAAGCGAGCGGUGACAAAGGCCCCACGGGUGCUGCUGCGCCUCUGUACGGUGGUCCUGAGGGCUACGGGUACGUGAGUGCUCAGGUCGGGCCGGUUGGUCCCCGAGGGCCACCAGGACCACCCGGACCGCAGGGGCCUCAAGGAUUUCAAGGAACGAGAGGCGACGCAGGCGAGCCUGGCUUACCUGGUCCGCCCGGAACGCAGGGUCCUCGAGGUUUGCCCGGAUUGAACGGAAAAGACGGUGAACCUGGCGACGAUGGGGAACCCGGUGCUGUGGGCUCUCCAGGUCCGGCAGGUCCUCGAGGCUUGUCAGGCAUGCCAGGACUGCCAGGUGCCAAAGGUCAUCGUGGAUUCCCAGGACUGGAUGGAGCCAAAGGGGAGCAAGGGCUGGCUGGCGAAAAAGGCUCAGCUGGAGGACCAGGGCCCAUGGGGGUGAUGGGACCGUCGGGACCUGGCGGGCCUCGGGGAGAAAGAGGACGAGAAGGUCCUCCAGGACCACCAGGUUUACGAGGGAUCGACGGCACAGCGGGAUCGCCAGGACAACCGGGCUCGAUGGGUAAACCCGGACCCCCUGGAUUCCCAGGCGGACCUGGAGCAAAAGGUGACCAAGGUGUUCAAGGCCCAAAAGGGAGUCAAGGUCUCCAAGGUCCUCGAGGCGAAUCCGGAAGACCGGGUCAACCCGGAGAAUCGGGUCCUCAGGGAGCCCAAGGUAAGGAUGGAUCCCCGGGUGAGAAAGGCAACGUCGGAUCACCGGGAUUGGUCGGAGCGCCCGGAUUCCCUGGAGCUCGAGGCCAGCCCGGUACUCCUGGAAGCCCUGGAGUUUUAGGACCCAAAGGGCAGCCGGGUUUCCCCGGUGAGAGAGGAUUCAAAGGUGACAGUGGAACGAAAGGGGAUACGGGAGCACCAGGUCCAAGAGGACUUCCAGGGGUUCCUGGCUCAGAGGGCAAGAGAGGGAAACGAGGGAUGCGGGGUCCGAUCGGCGCCUCCGGCCCUCAAGGCGAAAGAGGACCGUCGGGACCUCGAGGACUGCCCGGGGCAGAUGGACCCAGUGGUCCGAAAGGUCAAACCGGUGACCGCGGCUCCACGGGUUCAAUGGGGCCCAAAGGUUCUACCGGUGACCCCGGCAGGCCAGGACCACAGGGACUGCAAGGUCAACGAGGGCUAAUCGGACGCACCGGCUCGAUUGGCAAACCGGGUAAUCCGGGAGACCGCGGAAUUCAAGGAGCUGAUGGCAAGCCCGGGGAGCAGGGGCCACCGGGAUUACAAGGGCUGCCAGGGCCAAUAGGCUUCCCAGGCGACAAAGGCUUUCCCGGCGAAGCUGGCAAAGACGGUGAACCUGGAAAUCCGGGGCCACCGGGACCGCGAGGUGACUCGGGCAAGGAGGGUCCCGUGGGCCAGCAAGGACCUCCCGGCCCACCUGGAGCUGAUGGAGAAAGGGGACCACAAGGACAACCGGGCUCUCGGGGAUUUCAGGGCCUACCAGGAGCCACCGGAAAUGCAGGCCCUCCGGGGAAAGAUGGAGAGCCGGGAUCGCAGGGCCCUACCGGACUUCCAGGUCCUGCUGGAAAUCGAGGAGAACGCGGUUUUCCUGGAGACAGAGGUCCUGUGGGAGUUCCCGGUGCUCCGGGUUUGAGGGGUGAAACCGGAAGUCAAGGAUCGGAUGGCUUGCCAGGUUUGCCCGGUCCAAGGGGCGACAAAGGCCACUCGGGGGCAAUGGGAUUAGUGGGGUUGCCGGGUCUGAGAGGCUCUCCAGGUGAAAGCGGUCAAAAAGGUGAGCGAGGCUCUGCCGGUCCGGCCGGACCUGAAGGUCCUCCAGGCCGCAUCGGAGAACGUGGUCCACAAGGAACAGUCGGUCCUCCGGGUGCUCCGGGUGAACCAGCUGAAAGAGGCGACGCGGGUGCUCCUGGACCUCCUGGAGAACAGGGGGCUCCCGGAAGCAUCGGGGAACGAGGUCCGCAAGGAAUUCAGGGCUCGCAAGGAUUCCCUGGUCCUCAAGGACUCGUUGGGUUGCCUGGACUGAAAGGAGAUCGCGGGUGGCCGGGACUCAAGGGCGACCAAGGCUCUCCGGGACAAGCCGGUACUCCUGGGGAAAUGGGCCCCACGGGACCGGCUGGGUUGACAGGCUCCAAGGGGAUGCGCGGCGAGCCGGGACCACGAGGAGAAACUGGCUUGAUGGGGGCGCCAGGAAUACCGGGCUUGAUCGGCGCCGCUGGGCACCCCGGAGCAGUGGGACCACCCGGGCCUCAAGGCUUGCCGGGAAUCAAAGGAACUGCGGGCGACAGCGGACGUCCGGGAAACCCUGGCCUGAUAGGAAAUCCGGGAGCUCCCGGUGCUGAUGGAAUUAAGGGCGAAAGCGGAUCCGACGGGUCGCCAGGGCCGAUCGGACCUCAGGGACUUCAAGGGCUACCUGGCGAGAGGGGUUUGCCGGGUAUCCCGGGUGCCUCCGGGCCAGUGGGAGCGAGAGGGUUGAGAGGAGCCCCCGGUGAAACAGGAAUAUCGGGCAAACCCGGGUCAGAAGGGCCCCCGGGGCCACCGGGAUUCAUGGGGCCGCCUGGGCCACCAGGCCCCACUGGCGAAAGUGGCGCCGAAGGAGCUCCCGGCAAACAAGGCUUACCUGGUAUCAGCGGGCGACCCGGCGAUAAGGGACCACCCGGAGUUCCUGGUGCUCCAGGAGCUGCGGGUCCACCAGGACUCACGGGACCACCGGGAACAGCCGGAUCUCCUGGAGCCACUGGAGAGCGGGGACCGAAGGGUGACAGUGGCCCCCAGGGCGUCGAAGGACAACAGGGUCUCCGAGGGAAACCAGGUCCCGUGGGGUUGGAAGGACCGAAGGGCGAUCGUGGGCCGGAAGGUCCUCAGGGUGCCAAAGGUCAUCGCGGUCUCAUCGGACUCCAGGGUUUACCUGGUGUAGCCGGUCUUCCUGGCGACAAAGGUAUACCGGGAAUGCCAGGAAUGCCUGGUAAAGACGGUGACCCUGGUUCGCGAGGAAGUCCAGGGCGGGAUGGAAGUCCAGGGCCGAUGGGGGUCGCUGGGAACCCUGGAGUAAGAGGUCCCGCCGGUGAAACAGGACGCCCUGGGCCUACGGGACCUCAAGGACCACCCGGUCCACCAGGCCCCCCGGGGGAACUCGGCUUGGGUUACGAUGCUGCAUCGCUUGCAGCUCUUUUGAGUGCGGGUCAAGGACAAAAGGGACCGGAUCCACUGAGCGGCGACGAGCCACCAAGACUCUUUGGAAAAGACAUGAGCAACGAGGAACGAAGGGAACUCGUAACGAAAGCAUACGAGCAGCUGAAAGCUUCGUACGAAAAAAUCGUUAGACCGGAUGGUGAAAAAAAUUCUCCGGCAAAAACAUGCAGAGACCUCUUCGUGGCUCAUCCCGAAAAGUCAUCUGGGGAGUACUGGAUAGAUCCGAACGGGGGAGAUUCCCGUGACGCAAUUUUGGUCCACUGUGACGCCGAGAAACGAGCUACCUGCGUUCUCGCUGAUCCAGCCCGCUCUUUCCAAAUCAAUCACAUCGGUAACGAGCAAGAAAUUUGGUUGAGUGAAAUCGACGGAGGCAUGAAGAUAACUUACAAAGCAGACAGCAACCAAGUAGGAUUUUUGCAACUGCUGUCGAAGCACGCAGAGCAGAAUAUAACUUACCAUUGCAAAGAGACCGUGGCAUAUUUCGAUUCCGAGCGUCGAACUUAUCGUCGAGGAAUGAAACUUUUGGCGUGGAACGACGUGGAAUUGACACCGAGGGGUAACCAGAGGCUUCGUUACGAGAUGAUCCUGGACGAGUGCAGGUUACGUGGAAAAGAAUGGGGCAAAACGAUCGUGAACUACGAGACAGAAAAAUCGGUGAGGCUUCCAAUAGUCGAUUUGGCGUUCCGAGACAUCGGCAAACCCGAGCAAAGUUUCUGGGUGGAAAUCGGUCCGGUUUGCUAUCGAUGACAAGAGUGAGAAACGCGACCGGAUGCAACCAGCAGUUUUCGUAGGUCUCAUGACACAGCAUUUUUAUCAUAACUUCACAUCGAGCAUUUAUCGAAAAUUAUCAUUUCUCGAUACGAAUUUCGUAUAAAAUGUUACAAUAACUAAAUAUAUAGAGUGGCCUGUUCAUAGAUAAUGUAAUUUUGCACUUCUUACGUCUUGAGAUAAUUUUUUAUUUUAUAUUCGAAAUAUUGUAUUGGAAAGUACAUUAUAAUAUGAUACAAUAAUGCUAUCGUGAUUACAGUAGGUGGGAUCGAAUGCAGCUAAAUGUAAGAAUCGAAUAAUUUUUUAUGACUAUUUAUACAUGGCCGUACAAUAAUUAAACAUUUGUAUUCAUGCA